AUGAUUAAAGAUCCAGUUGAGAUAACUCUUUAUUAUCGUCAAACAACAGAAAUUCUGAAAAUAGCACCACUUAGCACUGAUUGCAAGAGCAACUCUUCGCUUAUAAUCGCUUCAUGAGUUGUCAUUAGGAAAAGUGAUUUUCUUAUCAAAAUAACUAAAGCGAAAACGCCAAAUGAUACCCGCACGCCAGCAAUCUCACCACUUCCUCCGAUGAUACCCAACAGUGCAAGCCAACUCUUUCGCAAGAGAGCUGCAUCAUGUUGCAGAUUAGCGCCACAGAAGCACAAUAGAAGGGGGAAGGUAAAGUCGUGGAUUGGUUGUUGGCGGGAAGUGAAUGGACGUGCUCGUUUGUAUGUUUGUGGAGUUCGGACAUUGUGUGGUACGCAAGGCGCGUAUUAG